GUCAUCGCAGUAAGCGCAAGCCGACAACAUAACAUGGACUGGAUAACGUGGUCCGCCCUGGUUGCUUUGAUCGGGUUGAUUUACUAUUUUUUCGCCAAAAAGUAUGAGUAUUUCGACAGCAAACCGAUUCCGCUCGUGAGGCCGACCUUUCUUCUCGGGAGCACCGCGCCCAUUUUGUUCCGGCGCAGAAACGUGCUGACCCACGUCAAUGAAAUCUACUACACGUACCCGGAUGCGAAGAUGAUUGGUUUCUUCGAUUUGGUUAACCCGAUCUACAUGCUGCGGGAUCCGGAAACCAUCAAGCAGAUAGCCAUUAAAGAUUUUGACUUUUUCUCGGACCAUACUCCGAUGUUGUCGCCCAGUGAGGUAGACGAGGACACCGAGACGCUGUUCGGGAAUUCGCUGUUUGCCUUGCGAGGUCAGAAGUGGCGAGACAUGAGGGCAACGCUGAGUCCGGCCUUCACUGGAAGGAAGAUGCGGCACAUGUUCGAGCUGGUGGGCGAAUGUGGCAAAUCGAUGGCAUCUUUUUUCCGAGCUGAGCUGGAAAAAGGGGAAGAUCUGGAGCUGGAGAUGAAGGACGUCUUUUCGCGGUACGGCAACGAUGUUAUCGCCUCGGUCGCUUUCGGUAUCAGCGUUGAUUCGCUGAGGGAUAAAGAAAAUGAGUUCUACGUCAAGGGCAAAGAUAUGCUCAAAUUUAACAUGUUGAAGAUGUUGUGGAAGGUCAUAAUCAUGCGUUCGAUGCCGUCGUUGGCCCGCAAACUUAAGCUGGACUUUACCGAUGCAGUUUUUAUCAAAUAUUUUAAGGGCACUAUUGAGGACAACAUGAAACAACGCAAAACGCAUAACAUCGUGCGGAACGAUAUGAUUCAAAUGUUGAUGGACGUUCAAAGGGGAGCUCUGAGCCAUCAACAGGAAGAAAAGGACGGAAAGGAUGCCGGUUUUGCGACUGUCGAAGAGUCCGCAGUCGGAAAAGCCACUCACUCCCGAACUUGGUCCAACAAUGAGUUGAUAGCUCAAUGCUUCCUGUUUUUCUUGGCGGGAUUCGAGACAACCUCCGGAGGUCUCUCAUUUUUGCUGUACGAAUUAUGCGUCAAUCCGGAGAUUCAGCAACGUCUUCACGAAGAAAUCCUUCAAACAAGCGACUCCCUCAAUGGACAACCCCUAACCUACGAAACCCUCCAGAAAAUGGAAUACAUGGACAUGGUCGUCUCGGAAUCCCUUCGCAAAUGGCCACCGAUGCCGUUCACGGAUCGCUACUGCCACCGGGAUUACCUGUUCGAGGGUGUCGCAGAGAAACCAUUCAUAAUGGAGAAACAAUCCACCGCGUGGAUUCCGAUAAUUGCGAUCCACCGAGACGCCAAGUACUACCCGGAUCCGGACAAAUUUGACCCGGAAAGAUUUAGCAAAGAAAAUCGGUCACGAAUCCUAGCGGGAGCCUAUCUCCCGUUUGGUGUUGGUCCACGGAAUUGCAUCGGUUCCCGCUUAGCGCUGAUGGAGGUCAAAUCGGCCGUCUAUCAUCUGGUGAAAGAGUUCGAGUUUGUGCCCUCCUCGAAGACGGAAAUCCCCCUGGAGCUGUCCCGGAAGAACACUUUCGGGCUGCAAACCCAAAAUGGCGUUUGGUUGAAGAUGAAGUCCAGGAAUGUGAUUGGAUAAAUUUGGGAAUCGUGGAAAACACCUACAUACUCUCUAAAUUAUUGCUGUUUUUCUCUAAAACAAUUUCUCGGAUGUUACAUUGUGCUUUCAUAAGAAAAGUGGAUCGAGCUUUGUUAACUUUAGGUUUUAUGUUUAUUAAAAAAAAUGUCAUAA